AAUUCUUGGAAAGAAAUUUAAAAAAAAAUUGCUUAUAUAUAUAUCACAUUAUAAAGAAGAAAAAAUGAAUAAUAAAGAUUACACAAACUUUUUUGGCACAAUGGAAACUAAACGUGUAUUAAAAGCUGAUUAUCCUACAGAAAGUUCAUCAUUAGGGGUACCUAUACCUAUAAGGAAGAAUGGAGAUCUUAAUUCAUUACAAGAUUAUGGAUUUGAAUUGUUUGAUACAACAAAUGACCUUAUUCAAGAUCCUAUGGUAGUCAAUAAUGCAGAUCAAAAUUUUUUCUCUAAUGAUACUGGAUGGAUAGGAAGAUCUGAUGAAAUGUCUUUUAUAAAAAUGGAUGAAGACAUUUUUCAGGUGGAUCAAUCUGAUUUGCUUCAUGGACCAACGUUAGCUGAAUUAAAUGCCAAUGGCGGUGAAUCUUUAUUAGAAGACCUCAAUUUUGAUGACCUAUUAUUACCACCUGAUUCAGUAAAAUCUGAAAUACCUGACACUACCCCAUUAAUGAGUCCAUACUUGAUAGAUCAUGUUGUUAAUACUAGCCCUAUUAACCGACCAAGUUCUUCAAAGUCUGGCUUUCAACUUUCACCAAAUAGUUGCAGUUCACGUUCAUCACUUUCUCCUGGUCCAACAAAUUCAAUAACACUACAAGAACUUUUAAAAAAAGAAACAAAGUCACAGAAGUGUUUAUCUCCUCCUAUGUUUGGAACUAGUGUUCCAGGAUCAGGAUUUAUGUUGGCUAGCAGAUCAAGAGGAAAUCUUUCAUCAUCAGCGCCUACUCAUCUUGGACUUGAACAAAUUUGGCAGCGUAGAGAACCUCGACAGCAUUUAUUAUCUACUGGAUCAUUAGUAGAAGCAGGAUCCACUUCUUCGCUUUCAACUGGAGGUGUAUUAAGUCCAGAAGCUUAUGAUUUUUCUUUAGAUGAAGCCAUCGAUGAUUCUGAUGACGAUACAGAACAAGAAGAAGACUAUUCAUCUGAUAAUGAUUCAGGUGGGGAUAGCGAUUGUGGUGGGACAUCUGCUAAAUCCUCUUCACAUAAAGAUAGAUUUUUUUGGCAGUACAAUGUUCAGUCUAAGGGUCCUAAAGGUCAACGAUUAGUUUUAAAAUGUAAGCUAGAAGAUCCACAUUGCCUAAAUGAGGUUACUGAUCCAGUAUUUAGUCCUAAUUGCUCAAUACAAGGAAUUAAGCAUAGUGGUAAAGCAAGAAAGGGAGAUGGUAAUGAUUUAACACCAAAUCCUAAAAAAUUACAGUCAAUUGGUAGAGAAUUGGAUAAACUGAAUAGAAGUAUAACUGAAAUGACACCAGUCAGUGAGUUGCCAUUUAAUGUUAGACCAAAUACACGUAAAGAAAAGAACAAAUUAGCAUCCAGAGCAUGCCGGUUAAAGAAAAAAGCUCAACAUGAAGCGAACAAAAUAAAACUUUUUGGAUUAGAAACCGAACAUAAGCGUUUGAUUAAUGCUAUAGCUCAAGUAAAACAAAUGUUAGUUGCUAGAACAACAAGUGACUCAUUUCCAAAAGAAAGUCAAGAAUUGACAAUCGCCAGUGAAAAAAUCGCCAAAACUGCUACCAAAUUAAAAGUUGCCGGACAAACUACAGAAUUUGUGAACAAAGUUCUGGAGAACCAAAUUAGGUGCACGACGGGGUGGCUUAGAUGAGCUAUAGUUGCCAAAAAUUAAGUAUCAUUAAACUAGUCUUUAUGUAAGUUAUUAACUUUAGAUAUUAUUUAAGUUCGCCAAUUAACUCUUAUUAUUAUUAAGUUGACCACCAAAAGAGUCAUUAAUGUUAUUAUUGUAUCUGUUGUUUUUAUUUUUAAUACUAUGAUUAAUGAUUAUACAUUUAUUAGUCAAUUAUAAAAUCCUACUACUUCCUGGAAAGUAUGUUAAUUUUUUCAAUAUAAAUAGUAUCAUUACUGAUACUUUAAUUUUUAAUGACUUGAUUUAUCCUUAUAAAGUGUAACUGUUAUG